UGGUGGAGGCUGCGGCUCCCGGGCCCAGUUCUCGGUGGCACGAUGUGGCGAGUGUGCGCACGGCAAGCUCGGUGCGCAGCCCCGCGGACGGGGUUUGGGAGCCCGGCCGCGGCCCCGAGGGAAGCCCCGGGAGGGCCGGUCCCAGCUGCGCCCCUGAGCCUGGCCCGUUCUUUCCACAGCAGGGCUAGAGCAUUGCGGGCCUGGGGUCUUGGCUCUGCCUCCGGGGCCAUGCCACGGGCGCCUCUCCUGCUGCUGCAAGUCUUGGGGGCCCCUGGACGACGCUGGUACAGUCUUCCUCCACACCAGAAGGUUCCUUUGCCUUCUCUUUCCCCCACAAUGCAGGCAGGGACCAUUGCCCGCUGGGAGAAAAAGGAAGGGGAAAAGAUCAAUGAGGGUGACCUUAUAGCAGAAGUUGAAACAGAUAAAGCCACUGUUGGAUUUGAGAGCCUAGAAGAGUGCUACCUGGCUAAAAUAAUUGUUCCUGAAGGUACCAGAGAUGUUCCUGUUGGAGCAGUCAUCUGUAUUACUGUUGAAAAAAUGGAGGAUGUGGAUGCAUUUAAAAAUUAUACCUUGGAUUCCACAGCAGCAACCACUCCCCAGGUUUCUACAGCUCCUCCCUCUGCUCCUGUGGCUUCAUCACCUUCUCUCCAGGCUCCAGGGAGCUCAUAUCCUCCUCAUUUGCAAGUUCUGCUUCCUGCCCUCUCUCCCACUAUGACUAUGGGCACAGUUCAGAGGUGGGAGAAGAAGGUGGGUGAGAAAUUGAAUGAAGGAGACUUGCUGGCUGAGAUAGAAACUGACAAAGCCACAAUAGGUUUUGAAGUUCAAGAGGAAGGAUACCUGGCAAAAAUUCUUAUCCCUGAAGGCACGAGAGAUGUUCCUCUAGGAACUCCACUAUGUAUCAUUGUAGAAAAAGAAGCAGAUAUUCCUGCAUUUGCUGAUUAUAGGCAGACUGGAGUAACUGAUAUAAAACCCCAAGCACCACCACCCACCUCACCCCCGAUGGCUGCUGUUCCUCCUACUCCCCCACCUACACCCCUUGCACCUUCAGCCACCCAUCCAGCUAUACCUACUGGUGCAAAAGGAAGAGUAUUUGCGAGUCCUCUUGCAAAGAAACUGGCAGCAGAGAAAGGGAUUGACCUUAAACAAGUGAGAGGAACUGGGCCAGAUGGUAGAAUCACCAAGAAAGAUAUUGAGUCUUUUGUGCCUUCAAAGGCUGUUCCUCCUCCAACAGUGGCUAUGCCCGCACCAGCUCCAGGAGUGGCAGCAGUUCCUACUGGCAUUUUUACAGAUAUCCCAAUCAGCAAUAUUCGUAGAGUUAUUGCCCAGCGUUUAAUGCAGUCCAAGCAAACAAUACCUCAUUAUUACCUUUCCAUAGAUGUAAACAUGGGAGAAGUUUUAGAAGUACGGAAAGAACUCAACACAGUAAGAUUAGCAUUUAAUAUACUGGCAGGAGGCAGUAAAAUUUCUGUCAAUGACUUUAUCAUUAAAGCUUCAGCUAUGGCGUGUUUGAAAGUACCUGAAGCAAAUUCUUCUUGGAUGGAUACAGUUAUAAGGCAAAAUCAUGUUGUUGAUAUUAGUGUUGCAGUCAGUACUCCUUCUGGACUCAUUACACCUAUUGUAUUUAAUGCACAUAUAAAAGGACUGGAAUCCAUUGCUAAUGAUGUAGUUUCUUUAGCAACCAAAGCUCGAGAGGGUAAACUUCAGCCACAUGAAUUUCAGGGUGGUACUUUUACCAUCUCCAAUUUAGGUAUGUUUGGGAUUAAGAAUUUCUCUGCCAUUAUUAACCCACCUCAAGCAUGUAUUUUGGCAGUUGGUGCUUCAGAGAAUAGACUGGUUCCAGCAGAUAAUGAAAAAGGAUUUGAUGUAGCCAGCAUGAUGUCUGUUACACUCAGCUGUGACCAUCGGGUUGUGGAUGGAGCAGUUGGAGCUCAGUGGCUUGCUGAGUUCAAAAAAUACCUUGAAAAGCCUAUCACUAUGAUAUUAUAACUACCUUAAGCAGUUUCUACACUAUCCCAGUCAUGUUGUUCAUUCUAAGAUAUUUAUGUCAGUUAUUAAACAAGGUGGUUUAUUUUUUAAGUUAGCCAAUUAUUUUUAUUAUCCAUUUUGUACAGUUAAGUUAUUUGUAAUGGGCAUUACUGAGUUGAAUGAACUCUAAAUGCCAAUUACAACCAACCAUUGUGCAAGCUUUUAAUAAUUAAAACAUUCAUCAAAUUCUGUGUGCUCCCACUGAAGCGACAAUGGCCUUUAAUUAACCUUAGUAGUUAGCAUUCCACUGGGAAAUGCAGUAAAGUACCUUUUUUGUGUGAGGGAGGGGGGAUGUUAAAAUUCCAAUUUCUUUGGAAUUUAAGUUGGAUUUAAUUUUCACAGCUACAUGAUCCCUGUCAAUGUGGAGGGAGUUAAAGCCUUAUCAAAAAAUAAAGUCAUAAAAUAGUAUCUUCUUUUCUAAUCUAAAAAAUUGACCAUCUACUCGACUGCUUCCUUUUACACUUUUCUAUGAAAUAUGAUGUAUACAAUUGUUUACCAUCUUGUGAUGAAGACAAUAUGAAAUGUAAGCAGGCUUUUUUGCAGGACGCAAGUGAGAAAUAUUUAAGUAAUUUAAAAAUGAGUUAGAAUUUCAUCACUUGCAGUUGAUAUUUGCAUUAUUCAUCAGACUGUUACAGCUGUAGGAGUAGAAACUUUAUACUUCAAGAAUAAUUGGCGGUUAUUUGUGAGUAAAUCUCAAAUGGAUUCUGUAUUCAUGUGUCUUUGGAAAACUACACCAAAUAAUAUUGUUAAUGUACAUGUGUAAAAUGCUGGUCACUUUUGUUGGACAUGUGCCAAAACCCAUUCAUUGUCAUGUUCAAUCUGAAAAUAUGAGGAGGAGAGAUAGUAACGAGCCAUUGGAAAUCGGUUUUAAAAAGAGGACAAGAGAGAGUCAUCUAUUUGGUUACUGAGGCUAUUAAGAAGAAAAAAAUGUUAAAUAUGUAAAAAAAAAGUUAUUCUGUACCCUUUUGUUUGUCUUAUGUAAAAUAAGAAUACAGUGAAAGUUCUUUUUCUUUUGGUGGGCAAGUAAUUAUUUUAUGAAAUAUUACUCCAUUUUGCUCCAUUUCAUUAUAGUUUGCUUUAUUUCUUUGAGCACUGGGGUCAUGUAUGGAAUAAUCGAAGAUAUUAUUAGUUCCAGGCUUUCUUUUGAAUCAUUGUAUUUUAAUAAUUGUUUGGAAUUGUUAAUGACGAUUUAAAAUAAAUUUGACCAGUUCUU